UGUGCGCUUUUAGGUUGACUGCAAUUUGACAGCAACAGAAGCGGGAAAGCAACAGUAAUAAGAGUAUUUGUUGUCAUUGAAAAUUUCAAAGUGAAUUUUACCCAGAGUGUACUCGGUGUGAAAAAAAAAGAAUUUAAACGGUAAAGAACUUUUGAACGUUUUUUUUAAUCAAGUAUAAAAACAACAACAACAACGAAACGAAACACAACAGCCAAGUGGCGGUGGUAAAUAAAAUAUAAAUUAUUGUCAAUUUCGCAAUUCACCGUGUGUUUUUCUCACGCUCUCUGCCGAUCGAGAUCUGCUCGCAGCAAAAGUAAAGAAUUCACAUUGUCUUGUGACUCCUUUUCAGCUUUACAGCUCAAUUGCUUGUGCAGCGCCAUUAAUUAUUCACCACGAACAUAUUCGCUCGGCAAGCGUGACGCGUGCGAGGACAACAAAGCGCAUGCGCAAUAAACAUCCUUUAAAACGUGAACGCACGUGUCUGCAAUAGCAAGUAGCGAGCGUGGGCUGUGUGAAACCCGAAGAAGGUCUUGUUGUAGGGAAAAAAUAAAAACAUUGAAAUUGAAAAUUAUUUUAAAAAUUCAUGAAACGUUAAGUGGUACAAGGAACAUACUUACAUACAUACAUACAUGCAUAUAACUGUACUUAUAAAGCAGUGACACAAUAAAUAACAAAUUGUGCGAAUUAAAUAAAUAAACAAAAACCAAGUGUGUGGCAACUCGAGCACGUUAAAUUUGACGAAAUCGAAAGUAAUAAUAAAAAAAACCGUCUGGACUGAAACGUUUAAAGCGCAGCGAGAUAUCAUGGAUGCGAAGAUUCUGAUCGCCCUAAUAAUCACCAUCAACUUUUACACCAUCUGUGGUGCCGCCCUGCGUCGCACACCAAAAGUGUACAAUGCUCUUAUAACAACCGAUGAUAAUUUAACCUCUAGCCGCGCCUAUCCAGUUAUACAACCGACAAUACACGAGAGUGGACUUGCGCAUUAUCCCUUCGGCCCGUAUAACCCGUAUGGUUUCUACUCGCCGCCAGUGGUGCGUUUCGGUCAGCCAAUAGUGCCUGGUUUGGCACCAAGACAACAGUACCCCUAUCCACUACCCCAACAACGUUUCCCGCCACAGUUAAUGCACCAACCGCCGCCAAAUAGUAUACCACAGCUCUUGCCCACACCUAAUGUAGCUGCACAGCAACCACCGCCACAGUAUGGCUCACCGGUAGAGGACGCAGCACCCACAGUCACCCCACCUACUGAAGAACAACAACCCAUACAGCCGCCGACGCAGCCACCCCCACCGAGAAAUCCCACAUAUAUGCCACCUCUCGAGCAGAAUCCUCCUAAACAAAUGCCGAAUGAGAAAUUACCAAUCCCUUUGAAUGAAUUCGGUUUGCCACCAUCGCUUAUACCUCUACAGCAAUAUCCCAAUCGCAGUCCCAAUGGUCCAGUGGCGCUACCACCGUACCCUUACAACCAGUAUCCACUCAUCUAUGAUCCCAUCACUGGUUAUCGUGAGCAAUAUCUGCCGCCUUAUGAAUAUUUCCCCAGCCAUCAUCAACAUUUUGCAGUGGGUGCCGGUCCAGCUGGUGGACCAAGACCACAACCUCAAACACCACCAACGGCUGCACCCAGUCGACCAGUUGUCACACCACCAACUCCACCAACGCAGCUGCCAACGGAUCAAUAUCCACCAGAGCAGCAGACCGAGCAGACGGCAGCUAGCGAGCCCGAGCCCCAACCGGCAAAUCUACCACAAUUGCCGCCGAACGUUGACUUUGAUAGCAUAAAGAAUGCGUCGAAAAAUAAAAAUAGCGCCGUACCAGAUGUGCCGCCACCGCCAAUACCUUCGGGCGCUAAGGCACAGCAAUCAUAAGACGCAUGGGUGCUUAGUAAGAAUUAUUGUUUAAAGCUUGGCUUAAAGUUCGCUAAUCGCAUAUAAAAAAUAGGAAAAUUCUUAUAAGUUAUUAUUGGUUAAA